UUUCAGCUAAUUGCUCUCGUAGCCUUCGUCACCUGCGCCAACGCCGGAUUCAUCGGCUCUCCAACUCUCUCAUACGCGGCUACACCGGCUAUUCAUGCGGUUCAUGCGGCUCCGGUCGCCUACGCGGCCGCUCCCCUAGCCAAGGCCGUCAUCGCCAAGACCAUCGACACCGAGUACGAUCCCCAUCCCCAGUACUCUUACGCAUACGACGUAGCGGACUCGCUGACCGGGGACUCUAAAAGCCAGCAAGAAACGCGCGACGGCGACGUGGUGAGCGGCAGCUACUCACUCUUGGAGGCCGACGGCACGAGGCGAGUCGUGCACUACACCGCAGACGAUCACAAUGGCUUCAACGCCGUCGUCGAGAAGCAGCCCGCAGCGAUCGCCUACAAGACGGUCGCCACGGCCCCCGUCCUCAAGACCGUCGCACCCUACCCGCUCUCAUACGCAGCAUCAUCUCCGUUGAUCAAGGCCGUUGCACCAGCCCCGGCUGUGACCUACAGUAGCCCGGUUGUCAAUACCUACGCCGCGGCACCGACUCUUGCCUACUCAGCGCCCCUCCUCAAGUCAUACGCCGCUCCAAGCCCCGUAGUGAAAACCCUCGCACCGCUUCCUUACCCAUCGCCCUAUACCCACUCCUACGCAACGCAAUACUCUCAGAGCUUCUCCGCGCCCGUCGUCACUAAGUACGCGGCAGCCCCGACCCUCGCCUACUCUAGCCCCGUUGCUUACAAUGCCGCCAUCCCCGUGGCUCACUCGUCGGUUCCGGCAGUAUACGCCGCGGCUCACGAGUACGCGAGCAAAUGGUAAGCCCCUAACCGAUGAAAAGCAUAAUCAUGUGGUAAUCAUGUUUUACGUUGCGAUUAUGAAGAAUGUCGGACGAGUUUUUAUU